AUGAUGCGCGUCGCCAUCUACAUGUUCGCGGUCGUCGCCGCGCUCUGCGUCUCUCUCGCCGCGGGGGGCAACGCCUUCACGCUCGAGGUGACCCAGAAGCAGGCUGGCCAGAGCGACUACCUCACGGCCUGGGCCGCUGCGCAUCGCAAGUGGGGGAAGGGUGUUCCCAAGGGCGCGGCCGAGAUGCUCGCCCUCUCGGACGGAGGUGAGAGCCGUGUCGAUGCCCUGCCCUUGGUCCAUGACAAAGCCUACGUCGCCGAGAUCGAAGUCGGAACUCCGCCGCAGAAAGUCAAGGUGCUUCUUGAUACCGGCUCCUCGGACGUCUGGGUCCAGUCCACAGACACCAAGUACCGCAUCAACAAGCAAGGGCCGCAUGCCCCGAGAUACAACCCCAAACACUCCAACACGUCGCGUGCCAUCGAAGAUGCCAUGUGGAACAUCGAAUAUGCGGACGCCAGCAAUGCCGUUGGCGUCGUCUAUCGAGACACUCUCCGCAUGGGCGAUUUCGUCAUCCAUGAUGCGCUGAUCCAGUCUGCCUCGAUCGUCUCGGACAGCUUUGAGAGGGAGACGGGCUUCAGCGGCAUCAUGGGCUUGGCCAAGCUGCUCGACAACAACAUCCAGCCUCCUCAGCCGUCGUUCCUGUCGGUCCUUCAGAAGCAGCUCAAGGCGCCUGUAUUCACAGUCGACGUGCGCAAGAAUGCAACGAGCCGCUUCGACUUUGGCCGCGUGGACCAGACACUCGCCUCGGAUAACAUCACCUGGCUGGACACCGACCCAACCAGCCCCAUGUGGAGCGUCGAGUUCGAACUCACGGCGUGGACCGGCAACAGCGUCUGGCUGUACCACAAGUUCCAGGCCAUCAUCGAUACGGGAACGUCGCUCAUGUUCCUCCCCGAGCUGCUCGCCAGCAUGUACUGGGAGAAGGUCCCCGGCGUGGACAGCUCGCUCGGCUCAUACCGGUUCCCCUGCAACGUGACGGACAGCCUGCCUGACCUGCUGCUCAAGCUUCCCCGCACUGACCACGUACUUGUCAUCCCCGGCCAGUACCUGAACUAUGGACCGGCCGACAGCGACAAUGACUUGUGCUGGGGCGGGAUGCAGGGCUCCGGCCAGCUCAACGGCGUCAUCAUCAUGGGAGACGUGAUGCUCAAGGCCCUGUUCGUCGCCUUUGACGUGGAAAAGGGCCGCGUGGGCUUCGCCAACAAGUUUCUGCAUGAUGUGAAGUAG